AACCCGAACUCUGGCUGGUAAGUUCUCCAGAUCAGGUGGAGUUAUGGAAACACUGAAGAUGAGCUCGUGUACAGAACUCUGAAGAACAUCUGAAGAACAGCAUGGGAAUAUUGGAGAGAGAGAGAGAGAGAGAUUCACACCCUCAAGAGGACAGCAGUGUCUUUAUUCUACAGGUUCUCUGGUUCCCUGAAGCACCAUCACCAUGUCUGUGAACACCGGGAACAGAGAGAAUCACUGCAGUGUGAUUGACAAACAGUAAACCGCAGCCCCGGAUCUUCCACACAUCCGGAUAUCACAUCCCCCUCUUGUCCACGAAACCCCUUUUUUCUGUUGUUUUUUUUCUCCCUCUCUCCGUUCUUCGACGAAUCUUCGCUCGGUGUGGUUUUUAAUGGAACAUGGCGAUACGGACUCGGUCCUACAGCGUCGUGUGCUUGCUGACCGUUCAGAUCAUCAUCCUCAUCUUCAGCGUGCCGUGGAGCGGAGUGGACAGCCUCACCUUCCCGCAGCAUUACACGAUAAUGCACUGGGCUCGGCAGAUAGAGCAGGAGAUCGACCGAGUCCUGCAGCAGAUCAGUGGAGUGCAGCAACUUAAAGGGCUGUACAGUGAGAAGAGGAGGCAGUACACCCUCGUCAGGAAUAAUCCCAGAGAGAUAGUGGAGAAAGUGGCCUCAGACAUUGAGAAGCUGCUGUCCAAAAAGAAGAAGGCUCUAGAGAGACUGGCCACAGAAGCAGAGAGAGUGCAGACGGCACACCGAUGGCAGGACGGCAUCAAGGAGUGGGAGAUCGAGUACUACGACUCCAAGGCAGAGAUGGACUACGAUGGGGAGGAGAUAGAGCCUCAGAUGUCUCUGAAGCUGGAUUUUGUCUACGACCCAAAUUUCAAAAACAACGUGAACUACUCAUACACAGCGGUUCAGAUCCCCACAGACAUCUACAAAGGAGCUCCGGUGAUUCUGAAUGAGUUGAACUGGACACAGGCAUUGGAGAGGGUUUUUAUGGAGAACAGUAGAGAUGACCCCUCGCUGCUGUGGCAGGCAUUCGGCAGCGCCACCGGUGUCACCAGGUAUUAUCCAGCCACACCGUGGAGAGCGCCGGAUAAGAUUGACCUGUACGAUGUCCGGCGGAGGCCCUGGUAUAUCCAAGGAGCUUCAUCCCCCAAAGACAUGGUCAUCCUCGUGGAUGUGAGUGGCAGUGUGAGUGGUUUAACUCUGAAGCUGAUUAAAGCGUCAGUUACAGAAAUGUUGGACACUCUGUCUGAUGACGAUUACGUUAAUGUGGCACGGUUUAAUGAGAAGGCGGAGGCAGUGGUGCCGUGUUUUAAACAUUUGGUUCAGGCGAAUGUGAGGAACAAGAAAAUCUUUAAAGAGCACGUGGCACAGAUGCAGGCCAAAGGCACGACAGACUACAAGUCAGGAUUCCACUUCGCCUUCAACCAGCUGCUCAACAAGACAAAUGUCCCCAGAGCAAACUGUAAUAAAAUAAUAAUGUUGUUUACGGACGGAGGUGAGGAUCGAGCUCAGGACAUCUUCGAGCAGUACAACUGGCCCAACAAGACGGUGCGAGUGUUCACGUUCUCAGUGGGGCAGCACAACUAUGAUGUCACGCCGCUGCAGUGGAUCGCCUGCGCUAACAAAGGUUACUAUUUUGAGAUCCGCUCCAUCUGCGCCAUCAGGAUUAACACCCAGGAGUAUCUGGACGUGCUCGGUCGCCCCAUGGUCUUGGCUGGGAGAAGUGCCAAGCAGGUUCAGUGGACCAACGUUUAUCAGGACGCCCUGGGUUUGGGCUUGGUGGUGACCGGGACACUGCCUGUCUUUAAUCUGACUAUGGAUGGAAACUCUCAGAAUCAGCUGAUCCUGGGAGUGAUGGGCGUGGACGUUCACCUGGACGAACUGAAGAGACUUGCACCGCGCUAUAAUCUGGGAGCCAACGGCUACAUUUUUGCCAUCGAUCCAAACGGAUAUCUGCUCCUUCACCCAAACCUGCAGGCCAAGGUGGUGGACCUGCCUGAACCCGUGACUCUGGAUUUCUUGGAUGCUGAGGUGGAAGACGGCAAUAAACAAGAGAUCCGGAGGCAGAUGAUAGAUGGCCGAGCAGGUGAGAUGACCAUCAAGACCCUCGUCAAGUCAAUGGAUGAGCGCUAUAUAGACGAGGCGGUGCGAACAUACGCUUGGACCCCCAUCAAUAACACUGAUUACAGCCUGGGCCUGGUGCUGCCUCCAUACAGCGACUACUACAUCCAGGCUGACCUGAGUGAUGUCAUGCUCCAACUGCAGUAUCUGCAGUCUCUGCUGCCCAGCUCAUUCGAGUCAGCCGGACACGUCUUCCUGGCCCCGAGAGAAUACUGCAAGCGCCUGCACAUCUCCGAGAACAAUACUCAGUUUCUGGAGAGCUUCCUGUCACUGAUGGUGGAGAUCACACCAGAGACCGAGGACUGUGACCAAGGCCUGAUUCACAAUGCUAUUCUGGGCUCGGGGAUCAUCUGGCAGCUGGCCACCAAGGCUUGGAAGAACAAGGACCUGAACACGUACGGCUUCCUGGCGUUGUUCGCGUCCACUGAUGGAGGUGUUACGAGAGUUUAUCCAAACACAGCGGCGGAAUUUUGGGAUGAAGAUUUAGAGCCACUGAAUUCCAUCUUCUACCACCGCAGCCUGGACAAUAAGGGCUACAUCUUCAGAGCCCCAACUCGAACAUCCCUGGAGGACCCUUUGAUGACGGAGAACGGCCCCUUGGGGAUCCUCGUCACGACAGCUGUUGAGGUUACGGUCCAAGGCAAAACGCUGAAACCAGCAGUGGUGGGCGUCAAGCUGGAUUUGGAGGCAUGGGUCGACAAGUUCAAGAUUCUGGCCAGCAACGUGUCUGACAGCAGGCAAGGCUCUCACAAGUGUGGUCCUUCCAGGUCCUGUGAGAUGGACUGUGAGGUCAACAGUGAUGAUCUGCUCUGCUACCUGAUCGAUGACGGCGGCUUUCUGGUGAUGUCUAAUCAGAGAGACCACUUGAAAAAGGUCGGUUUGUUUUUCGGAGAAGUAGAUCCCUACCUAAUGCACGCACUCUAUAAUAACUCCAUCUAUGGCCGAAGGCAAACGUUCCAGUACCAGUCGACAUGUGAGCCAACGUCCAGCAGCCACACAGGAGCUGCACCACGCCACUUCCUUGUGCCCUCCAUCACAGACUUGCUCAAUUUGGCCUGGUGGACAUCUGCGGUUGCUUGGUCUGUGCUGCAGCAGCUUUUCUAUGGCCUUGCGUACAACACCUGGUUUAACACAGGUGAUUUUGCAUUUGCUGAAGGUACAGAGAGCAGAGGAAGCAGCAACUGUGUGACUAUUCAGAGUCAGUUCUUCUUCACCAACACCACCAACUCCUUCAACAUGCUGCAGGACUGUGGAAACUGCUCCAGGUUAUUCCAUGCUAAGAGGAUAGAAAACACCAACCUGCUGUUUGUGGUGGCUGAAACUCUUCCCUGCAGCUCCUGCGAGAUCGAGAAGCUCACACAAGUCAGGAUGGAGUUUCAGGAGGAAAUUCCUUGUGAUGUGUUGAACGCUGCUCGAUACCGGAAAGGACCUGAGAAGUGCUUUGAUUACAAUUCUAUGGAGAACACGUCGGAGUGUGGGCGGGCUCACUCAUUGCGCUGUCCAAUCUGGAUCCUUCUCUGGGUCCAGUUAAUGAUACUUUACCUCACCGUACGAUCUUAAGCCUCUCUGUUCAUCCUGCUCCCGUCUAACCUUGUCAAACUUCCAUAAUCCCUGCGGCUUCUUCGCUCUUCUUCUCCUCUUCAGUGCUUCUUUCUGCUUCUAUUGUCUUCCCAGAAUUCCCUCGGUCCUUUUGCCCUAUUCUGAAGUGCUUUGAUAUUCUCAACACAUCCAGAUGGGUUGAUUGAGAUGCUGUGUGUCUUAGUAACCUGUCGUUGUGCAUAUCUUCUACAGACUAUUCUGGGUCUUGUAUUUAAUGAGAGUUUAUAAAAAAAUAAUAAUAAUUUUGCAAAACAGAUUGCUGUAAAUGCAAAUGAGUGUGCUUGCCGAAUCCAGCACUCUAUAUACACACACACACACGUGUGUGUGUGUGUAUGUAUAUAUAUAUAUAUAUAUAUAUAUAUAUAUAUAUAUAUAUAUAUAUAUAUGACAACAUGGCUGUUGGAUCGUGACCAGUCUUUACAAUCAUGCUUAUACUUUAUUUAUUUAUUUAUUUGUUUGUUUGUUUAUUUAUUUAUUUAUUUUGCUAAAGUCUCAAUCUUUCCUAGCGCUGCUAUCAUACCAGAGCUUUGUGGUUGUGGAGUUUACAUUUGUCCCUUUUUAGGUCUGUAUUUCCUGCCUGGAGGUAAAAUGACAUAUAAAAAAGAUAUGUCAAGAAUGUUUAAAAGGCACAUAGUCUGCACAAAUCAAAAUGACUGCCUGGUUUGCUACCGAAAGGUCCCUUGGUGAACUUGGUCCUCCUAUUGGACAGACACAAGGUACAGAAUUUAAGUUUUAGGCAGUCCUGAACAAAAAGGUUGUGAGUGAAAAACAUUUGGAAAAAAAACCUUAAUUUCAGUCCUGUUGAGGACGUUCCCUCAAAAGUACUUGGACUUGGCUGUCCAAAAUGGGCUGGAACUUGUGUCAUGUUUUAUUAUUAAAAAAAAGUAGAAUAUUGAGUAAUUUAUCACUCUUCCCAUUGAUAUAUUUUGCCAUGCAAAGGACUGAUUAGCCAUGAUUGCAUAAUCACUAACCUUUUUUUUCAUUUCUUCCAUUGGACAUACUGUUCAUCUUAAUAUUUUAGUCCAUUUUAACCACGUGGCUAGCUGUGUAACAUCAGAACCACGGCAGUUGAUAUAACGUUAAUGUUGCACGGUGCUCAAAGCUGUUCGAUGUUAAACCAAAUAAGUGAGGUAUGUGAAAUAUGUUAGUACUGAUACAACCAGUUUGCAUUUGGCCAUUCAAAUUAUAACCCAGGAACAUUUAUCAGAAUCAUCCAAUUCCUUUCACUUGAACUAAUGAACUAGUCGAAGGGUUGAUGUUGAUGAGGGUGUCUUGAAACCAGUAUCCGAGUGUAGACUAUAAAAAUGUUUUUGCUAGGACAUAAAUUAAUAACUGGUGCUGUUGAUGUCACCUGGAACAUUAAUACUACACUGAUGUCUUCAGCAGUGGCUCCCUGACUUCCUUAUCUAACACACAUUUAUAAAAUUCACUUGGGCUAAUGAGGUGAGAUGCCUUAAGAUGGCAGAUGACAAGGGGAAGUCAAUGACUGGGCGUUAAAAACCAUUUUUUAUGUUUUUAAGUUUUAUAUCUCCAUGCUCCCUAUUACAAGCUCUGGGUUACUGCCUCCUGCUUCUCUCUCUGUGUCUCUGUAGGAAAGCGAUUUGCUCAUUGUAUUCGUGUAAAUAUAAAGCUUCAGUACUAUGUUUAUCUUAUACAGUGGUCUUUUUCUUUUCUUUUGAUUAGACUAAUGUAUUGUUUUCUCUGUGCAUGACGGGAUAGUGCCCGUGCGACCGAUUCCAGGGCUAAUACUAAAGUGGUUUCCAUUUCAUUAUGCAGUGCACUGUAGGGCCUAAGGCUAAGCUUUAAUAGCCACUCAACACCCUGUUUAGUGCAUUCGAUGUCAGAGAGGGAGCCAUUUCAGAGCACAGAACCUCUCCACAGGGCGACAAUUGCAGCUUGGAAACUGCCCAAGAUUCUGAUGUUAUCAUGUACGUUUGGGGGGAAAAAAAAAUAAAGAUUUUGCGUCCUUUUUAAGAGCUUUUUUGAAAUGUGUGACGAGAUACUGCAUGGGUGUAUGUAUUUAGUUGAAGUUUUUUUUUUUUUUUUCCAACAGGCCAAUUAGUCAUUAGCAGUGUUUUAUUUAAAUGUUCUAUUUAUGAGUUGAUAUACUGUUGAUAGUUCAGGCAGAAGGAGAUAUAUUUGAUAUUAAUAUGAUGAAACAGUAACGUUCUGUCUCAGCACUAGUUGAAGAAGAUCUGAGCUUGAAGGGACGAUGCGUAUUCGGUGUUCCUUAAAUCCAGAUCUUUGAUAAAGUUUGAUGGUUUGUGUAGAUUUUCAACUGAAUUUUGUGUUGAGAUGUUUUAAUAUUCACAAUGUUUGAAUUAAUAUCUUUAGCUAAUUUAAAAGUGUAAAUGGAGAAAAACCGAGGACGUGAGAAUGACAGCAUGAUAUCACUUUGUGUGGUUCGAUUUUGCUUGAUGUGUGAAUUUUAUUAAAAAGGCUAUUUUAAAUAACUGUCAUUUAUUUGCCACUUAUGAACGUAUGUACGCUGUCAUUAUUAUGAAAAAGCUUCUAGAAUGGCAAUGGGUUUAUUUAUGUGAAUAGGUGUCUGUCUCCCUCUUUUUUUAUCUCCUAAUUUUUGCUGCUGUGAGGGGGAUUUUGUUUCUUCAAGUCUUCCGUAUUGUUUGUUUUGUACAGAUAGCACAAAUAUGUCUUGAAGCACUAACUUUGUAACAUAUUAUGUCAUUCACCUCUUAAAAACUGCAAAAAGAAAAUGUUUAUAAGAGAAUUGGUGAUAAAGACAUUCAUAUUUUUCACGUCAAACUUUCUGGAAGAUGUGUUUGUUGUUUAUUGUUUAUCGUUUAUUUCCUGGAUAGAAAUAAAAAACAAUUAACACUUUACAAUUAACACUA